CGGGACUGGACACACAUUCGUUUUCUUAACGAGGGGAAGCAACCAAGGGACAAACAGCAGAGAGGAAAAAUGCUUUUUUACAUAUUUACCUAUCGAAAUCUUAGGGGCUUUUUUGGAUGUUGAGUUUCCCUCACUUUUGUUCUUUGUGUUAUAAUAUUAGUCUCUUUCUCUCUCUCAAACAUUUUCUAGAGAGAGAGAGAGAGAGAGAGAGAGGGGGGGAAUCAGACAAACAAAAAGUGUCAAUUUUGAUCACUGUCUGCCAAAUCAUUCUAAAAAGUAAUUUUAUUUGGUCAAGAACCAUACUAUUUGGAUAUGACCUUUUUUAUUUUCUAAUUUAGUUGUUUUUAGACGUAUACCUGGAUCACCUUACAUGACAAUACCUUCCUAUAGGCAUGUUUCUGCCAUCACAGAGGUGGAAAUUGUUCAUCUAUAACAUUGAUACCGUUCACUGAGAAAUUUGAUUUCAUUUUCAAUCUGGUCAGACACAUUUCCAAAGAGAAAAACUACUGGACAGUGCUGGACAUGAACUGAUAUGAGGGGAUCAUCCCCAAGCUCGGAACCAGAAAGAUAGAACUAACUGACACACUGACGGACAACGAGGCUUAACCGUGGAAAAAGGCAGACUGCCGCCCAAGGACACUCACUGACCCACGGAGACGGACAGACAGACAGUCUGAUGCCAACUGUCUCCGCUGUCAAUCUCACGGCACAACUCCUCCUGCUGUUGCUAUGGGCAACCCACCCGACCAUGGCAACCAACUGGCUCUCCCUGGCGAGGAUGCCGCGCUCGCGGCCCGUGUCGGGUGCUGCCCCCUGUGGGCGGCUGAGGGGACUGUCCGUGGGGCAGGUGGGGGUGUGCAGGGCGCGGGGAGAGGUCAUGGAGUCUGUGCGCAAGGCAGCCGAGAUGGUCAUAGAGGAGUGCCAGCACCAGUUUCGUAAUCGCCGUUGGAACUGCUCCACCACCCCACGUGGAGUCAACGUGUUCGGUAGAGUCAUGAGCCAAGGCACCCGUGAGGCAGCCUUUGUGCAUGCCCUGUCCUCGGCGGCGGUGGCGGUUGCAGUGACGCGAGGCUGCAGCCGGGGGGAGCUAGAGCGGUGUGGCUGCGACAGGAAGGUCAGAGGGGUCAGUCCCGAGGGUUUCCAGUGGUCUGGGUGCAGUGAUAACCUUUCAUAUGGUGUGGCCUUCUCCCAGACCUUCGUGGAUGAGACGGAGCGUGCCAAGGGGAUGUCGGCAGGGCGACCCCUCAUGAAUGUUCAUAACAACGAGGCUGGACGGAAGGCUAUCCUCCAUAACAUGCAGGUGGAGUGUAAGUGUCAUGGUGUCUCGGGAUCCUGUGAGCUGAGGACCUGCUGGAAAGUCAUGCCCCCAUUUCGGCGCGUUGGUGCCGUGCUGAAGGAACGCUUUGAUGGAGCCACAGAGGUGCGUCUGUCCCGUAUCGGCUCCAGGACAGCCCUGCUGCCCCGGGACCCCCAGGUCAAACCUCCCGCCGCCAGGGACCUGGUGUACCUCGCUGUCUCGCCAGACUUCUGCCGUCUUGACCCCAACAAUGGGAUCCCCGGGACAGCCGGCCGACGCUGUAACGGCACCUCCCGGCUGGCCCCAGAUGGCUGUGAGCUGGUGUGUUGUGGGCCAGGGUACCGGGCAGGCCGGGCCGAGGUGGUGCAGCGCUGCUCCUGUAAGUUCUCCUGGUGCUGCUCGGUCCGCUGCCAGCAGUGCAAGAACACAGUGAUGAUCCACACCUGCCGAGAGUGAACCCAGUCUAUACAGAACCCAGAGCACUGAGCAGACACGCAAGAACCUUACACCUGUCCAGACACUCUAGAACACAGCCCAGACACUCCAGAACACUACCCAGACACAACACUGUCCAGACACUCUAGAACACAACCCAGACACUCUCGAACACUACCCAGACACAACACUGUCCAGACACUCUAGAACACAACAGUACCCAGACACUCUAGAACACAACACUACCCAGACAUUCUGGAACACUACUACAACGACCAGACAAGUGGAGGCUGCUGAGGGGAGGACGGCUCAUAAUAACGGCUGGAACA